AUGGCCGAAUUGAGCAGUGUUGAGCCGCUUAUGCAUGACAUGUGCGUCAACACAUACCUUGCAUAUACGGGUCCCUUUGCAAACCUCGAUGGGGAAAAAAAGGUAUCGCUUCAGCAAUUCCACACCAUGCCCAUAGGCCCUCAAAUCCAAGUUUUAUGGUGUGACUCGGCCAGAGCAGAUAACAUGAGAUACUGGGAGUCACGUACUCAGGAACUUAUUGAAGAACUAGAGCUCAAUGACAGCGUUCUUGGUGCUUAUGACGACAUCUUUGCUGGUAGCAACUACCUCAAUGCUGUCGCGGAUGGCCAUAUUCAACCUAAUAACCCAGUGCCGAUAUUCUUAAUGGACGGUGCCUAA